CAGCGGCGAGCCCCGCCUUCAGCUCCAAAGACUACUUAGCGCUGGAAGUGCUUCCCAAGCCGGUCUUCCGCUGGACCCCAGAAAGCGAGCUAUCCCUGGAGACCACGACCUGACCCACAGGCUCCACUGCGUGCUCUGCGAACUGCCAACAGACCCCAGCCCCGCCUGCUGUCUCUAAAUCUCGGGACUUGUGCCCCGACAGACAACAGACGCCGCUCAGCCCGCCAUGGCCCAGUUGCUGAUGGUCACGGUAACCCUCGGUUGCAUCAGCCUCCUCUACCUGCUCCCGGGCACGCUGUCUGGCGGCCUGGCCAAGGGACUGAGGCUCUCCAGAUCCAGAGAGUCCCCAGCCAAGAUUCCCUCCAGUGGCCUGCACCCUGGACACCCUUCGCUCCGGCCUCGUCAUGCUCCCCAUCCACAGGGAAGGGGUAAUCUGGCCCUUGCCGUGGUUCAUCUGCAUCAGGGUGGUGGCUCACGACAGCCAGGUUCCCAGCGACACUUGGGAUCCCGAAGACCCCAGGCCCAGCUUCUUCGGGUGGGCUGCGUACUGGGCACAUGCCAAGUCCAGAAUCUCAGCCACCGCCUGUGGCAGCUUGUCCGGCCCGCUGGCCGGCGGGACUCAGCUCCAGUGGAUCCCAGCAGCCCCCACAGUUACGGCUGAGCCAAGAGUCCAAGAAGGGGAGAUGGACCACAAAUCGCAAUCAAGAGGAGAACCAAACUGACCAAAAUCACAAGUUCAACACUAGCCUUUGCUACAAAGACUCUGUUAAAGGAAACAAACAAACAAAAAAGUCAGGUUGGGGGGAAGGGGAAGGAUGAGCUAUUAAUCACAACCUGGGAAUAGGUUCCUGGUAUAAGGUCUUUACAUGUGUUAUUUCACCCAAACCUUGCAAUUGUCCUGUCAGAGCAACAGGGUUCCAAAAAGAGUUGUUAGUUCCUUACCAAGUACUAAUGGCUCUUGCACGCACCACCCUCACCCUCUCCCUGGUAGCAGCACUUCAUUACUCCAGAUCUAUAGGCCGUCACACUGAGGUCGGCCGCAUGUCCCUGUGACUACGGUAUUCGUGCUCGGAGUCAGACCUGCCUUUCAGUGACCAGACGGUCCCCAGAAAGCACCCCUCUGGGUCCUGGAGUAAAGGUGAGGAGUUGAGAACAAGCUGAGGACAGACAGAAACUGUUUCCACGACUCAGAUUUGCCAGAACCUCUUAGGUACCCUGGUUCUUGGGCAAGAUCCAACCUCGCACUUCUCUUAAGCCUGUGUGGUCUGUUCUUCAGCACAAGAUACCUUCUCUUUCAGGAGCAGCAUACCUCUUCUCACUGAUAUUCUGCCAGCCUGGACUCCCAGUCCUGCAGAUCGAAUCCCGUGAGCGGUCAAGGCCCCUGAGCUCCAGAACUGUAAAGGGGGAGGGCUAUUGGCAUCCUGUGCAGUGUCAGGAGGUUGCCAGUUAUGACCCUUGUAUCUGGUAUGAUGCCAGCCCCACACUGUGCUUGGCUGCGCUUGACUACCUCUCGAGGGCCCCAUGCAGAGGUUCAGUGGCUGUGCAGCCCUCCCCGCCCUACCCCCAAGGCCGCGUUCUAGCUGUUUUCACACUCAAAAGUUGUACUGUCCUCACGAACCCAUUCAGAUACCAGCACCCACCUUUGAUUGCUUUGAAGGUCAUGACUCUAGCCUUCUCCCAGAAACCCUCACCCUCAUCCUGACCACUGUAUGUUGAGCAUGCAACACAUAGAAGACACUGGAGAGCCCAACCCUACCCUCCUAGGGCUGAUUUUCACUGGGAAGAGAUGGAGGAAAACACGUGGAAAAGGUAGGUAAGAAAAGGCUGAUUGCAGUUUACCUGUUAGGCUGUGAAGGGGUUGCUGGUGGCUCAUUGCAGCUGCCUAGGGAACCCGCUUAAUGUAGGAACAACUUCAUUGGCUUCUAACCUGGGAGUCUCACCCUCCCAGUACCUCUUCCCUGCUCCAAGCAUGUCAUUUUCCAGGCAAGCUGUUUUUGUCUGCUGGAUCCUCAUUAUAAAGAGCCUCCACAGGACUUGAAUCCUGGCUUAUGUGAGCCCCUUGCCCAGAAGCCCACCAUCCUUCUUGGCCAGACCUCAGACAGGCUGUCCUGAGGUCACGGUAGAGCACUUGCCUUGCUUCUGUGAGGCCUUUGGUUUAAUACCCACCCCUGCAAAAACAAAAUUACUAAAUCAACUUGUGGAGAAGCCUGUCUUCCACCUUGAUAUCUGGCCACCUUCCUGCCUUCAGCAAGAAGCCAGUGAAGAUGAAGCAAGGCAGUGGUGACGCAUGCCUUUGAUCGCAGUACUCAAGCAGAGGCAGGCAGAUCUCUGAGUUCAAGGCCAGCCUGGUCUACAGAGGAGUUCUAGGAGAGCCAGGGCUACACAGAGAAACCCUGUGGGUGGUGGUGUGGGGGAAAAUCCAAUGUAUCCCUUUCAGUAAGAGUCCUCCUGUGCCUGGUGUCCCAGCAGCUUCCUACUCUGACCACUGUGUUCAUUGGCAGCAAAUUCCCAUCUGUCUUGAUUGUAUCGGAUCACACUCCCCAACUGUGACAGUCUUAAUAAAGUCUUCAAGUCUUUCUUAUCA